UGUCCCAGUCUCCGGAAGGCUCCGCCGGGGUUGCGGGCGGUGUCCUGGAUCGGCGUCCUGGGCGGGCACAGACACGGUCCCCCGAACGCGGGAGGAAAGGGGAGGCUCUCAGUCCUCCACUGAGGUUGGGAGAGGCGAGGAGAAGGAGGCGGGGAAAGAGCCGGGGGUAUUUGGGGAUAGUGCUUCAGGAUUUCGACAGCCGCCUGCAGAUGCUUGACGUCACUGGUGACUGGAAGUUGCUGCUUCAGGGCAUGGUUAGAAGGUCCCGCCGACUCUUCUCAGAGCUUGUAUCCAUGAGUGUUAAUUCUGACUUUGAACACAGACGUCCUGAGACUGGAACCCUUGGUCACCUGAACUGCUGUUGAGCGGAGUGAGUAAAUUUGUGUGGCAGGAAAGAAAGGCAGAAACUCUCCAGAUGACUUCCAAUGAUGAUCAGAUUUGUAUCCCAAUGUCACAAAGAAAUACCAAUGGCCUGCCUGGGAUGACCUCCAGUGACCUGAAGACAUUUACUGAGGGGGCUGUGUUGAGUUUUCAUAACAUCUGCUAUCGAGUAAAAGUGAAGAGUGGCUUUCUCUUUGGUCGGAAAACAGUUGAGAAAGAAAUACUAUCCAAUAUCAAUGGGAUCAUGAAACCUGGUCUUAAUGCCAUUCUGGGACCCACGGGUGGAGGCAAAUCUUCAUUGCUAGAUGUUUUAGCUGCAAGGAAAGAUCCACAUGGAUUAUCUGGAGAUGUUUUGAUAAAUGGAGCUCCUCAACCUGCCAAUUUCAAAUGUAAUUCAGGUUAUGUGGUACAAGAUGAUAUUGUGAUGGGCACCCUGACAGUGAGAGAAAACUUGCAAUUCUCAGCGGCUCUUCGGCUUCCAACAACUACGACAAAUCAUGAGAAAAAUGAGAGGAUCAACAAGGUCAUUGAAGAGUUAGGUCUGAGUAAAGUGGCAGAUUCCAAGGUUGGAACUCAAUUUAUCCGUGGAGUCUCCGGAGGAGAAAGAAAAAGGACCAGUAUAGCAAUGGAGCUGAUUACUGAUCCUUCCAUCUUGUUUCUGGAUGAGCCCACAACUGGUUUAGACUCGAGCACAGCAAAUGCUGUCCUUUUGCUCCUAAAAAGGAUGUCUAAGCGUGGACGAACAAUCAUCUUCUCCAUUCAUCAGCCUCGCUACACCAUCUUCAAGCUGUUUGACAGCCUCACCUUAUUGGCCUCAGGAAAACUCAUGUACCAUGGUCCUGCACAGGAGGCUUUGGGGUACUUCGAAUCAGCAGGUUACCGUUGUGAGCCCUAUAACAACCCUGCAGAUUUCUUUCUGGAUGUCAUUAAUGGAGACUCUUCUGCUGUGGUAUUAAACAGAGAGGUAGAAGACUCUGAAGCAAACAACUCGGAAGAGACUUCCCAGAAAGAAAAGCCAAUCAUAGAAAAAUUAGCUGAGUUCUACACCAAUUCCUCCUUCUGCAAAGACACAAAAACUGAGUUAGAUCACCUCUCAAGUAAUCAAAAGAAGAAGAGGAGCUUAGCCUUUAAGGAUAUCACCUAUGUCACCUCCUUCUGUCAUCAGCUCAGAUGGAUUACCAAGCGUUCGUUCAAAAAUUUACUGGGUAAUCCCCAGGCCUCUGUAGCUCAGGUUGCUGUCACAAUCGUAUUGGCACUGGUUAUAGGUGCAAUUUACUUUGGGCUAAGCAAUGAUUAUAGUGGAAUUCAGAAUAGAGCAGGGGUGCUCUUCUUCCUGACGACCAACCAGUGUUUCAGCAGCGUGUCGGCCGUGGAGCUCUUUGUGGUGGAGAAGAAGCUCUUUAUACACGAGUACAUCAGUGGAUACUACAGAGUGUCAUCUUACUUCUUUGGAAAAUUGCUUUCUGAUUUAUUACCCAUGAGGCUUUUGCCAAGUGUCAUAUUUACUUGUAUACUGUACUUCAUGAUAGGAUUGAAACCACAGGCAGACGCUUUCUUCAUCAUGAUGUUAACCCUUAUGAUGGUGGCUUAUUCGGCCAGUUCUAUGGGUCUUGCCAUCGCAGCCGGUCAGAGCGUGGCAUCUGUGGCUACGCUUCUCAUGACCAUAUGCUUUGUGUUUAUGAUGCUUUUUUCAGGUCUUUUGGUAAAUCUCAAAACCAUUGCACCUUGGCUUUCAUGGCUCCAGUACUUCAGCAUUCCUAGAUAUGGCUAUACGGCUUUGCAGUAUAAUGAAUUUUUGGGACAAAACUUCUGUCCAGAUUUAAAUAAAACAGAAAUCAGUACCCGUCCUACUGAGAAUUUAAUGUGUACUGGUGAAGAAUACUUGACAAAUCAGGGCAUUGAUCUCUCGCCUUGGGGCUUGUGGCAGAACCAUGUGGCUUUGGCUUGUAUGACGAUUAUCUUCCUCAUGAUUGCCUACCUAAAAUUGUUACUUCUUAAAAAAUAUUCUUAAAUUCCCAUUUACUUUACUGUGAAUUACUCUACUCUCGCAUUAAAAAGGAACACCUUAAGUAUACAAUGAA